AUGGGUCGCCGAUCAAUUAAUACCACCAAGAGUGGUAAAUAUAUGAACCCUACUGAUCAAGCACGCAAAGAAGCAAGGAAGAAAGAAUUAAAGAAGAAUAAAAGACAGAGACAAAUGGUAAGAGCGGCUGUACUGAAAAUGAAAGAUCCUACUCAAAUCUUAGAAGAACUACAAAAAAUUGACGAAAUGGAGUACAAUGUGUUACAACCAUCACCACUUAAUGAAAAAGUUUUGAAAGAGAAAAGGAAGAAGCUAAGAGAAACAUUUGAUAGAGUCUUGAAGAUGUAUGAUAAGGAUGAUCCAGAAAAAUGGGUAGAACUGAAGCGUCAAGAAAUGGAGUAUGAGAAAAGGAGAGCCCAUUUAAUUUCUUAUUAUGAAUCUGUAAAGCAUGCCCAAUCUGUACAAGUGGACGAUAUACCUUUGCCUACAUUACAAGUGCCUGAUAAUUUAAUAUAUGGUAAUGUACCAUCUCAAAUUCCACUGCCAAUGGACACUGUACAUCCUAACUUACCAGUAAGACCAAUUUUGAAGAAGGAUUCAGUAUACAGAGAAAGGCCUACAGGAAUUGAACCACCUGGUGUACCUCCAGGGCAUCCACCUGAUUUUGAAUUUUUGCUUAUAGAAGCUUUUACACUUGAUAAAACUCGUAAGGAGAAAAAGAGUCUACGUUUCUCUGAUCUCGCAGAGGAGCCACCUGGAGAAUGUGUACACAAUAUUCAAAACCGUCACCAACCCAUGGAAGACUUGGACGGUGAAGUGAUGGAUGAUGAUCAGCCUCCCUCACCACAAACAAUGGCUCAAGUGGCCCCCACUCCCAAGCCAACGUCCCUCCAACAAAGAAUGUUAGCACUCUCCGGCCAAAAUAUAGAUGACUUCAUGAAAGAGAUGGAAGAAGUGCAUAGAAAGCGAGAGCGCGAUAGAGCUGCGGAUUUGAAUGCAAGGCUAACAGCAUUGAAACGUACUGGGCGGGACAGCGACUCGGACAGCGACGCGGAGCACGACCACCACAACCUCCACGACUUCGCGCUAGAGCCGCCCGGCGCUGAGAUACGACAGAUGCCUCCGCCAUUGUUACCACCAGGUCUCCGACCACCAAUGCUUCGUCCGCCCGGUGCACCCCCGGGAGCUCCCCCUGGGGCUCCCCCGGGCGCUCCCCCUGGCGUGCCCCCCGGCCUCCCUCCAGGACCCCCCGGACCUCCCCCCAUGCCGGGACAUGGACCGCAUGGACCAGCGCCUGGUAUGCCACCUGGUCCCCCGCCAGGGCUUCCGUCGCGCGGGGGCCUGCGCCCGCCGGGCCCCCCGCCGGGCGCGCCGCCCCGCCUUCUGCGGCCGCUGGUGCCCCCGCCCCCGCCCCACGUGUCCGUGCUGACGGCUGCACCGCAACUCAUAUCCAAGAAGGAUUCUGCUCAAGGUGCAACAAUAAGUGCAAAACCGCAAAUAAGAAAUCUGUCUGCGGAUGUGACACGUUUCGUGCCAUCAGCGCUCCGGGUGAAGAGAGAGGACAAGAGGGCGAAGCCCGACACAAGGAACACCAUACAGCGGCCCAGUGAGGCGCCCCGUCACGCGCCUACUAAGGACGAUGCGUACAUGCAGUUCAUGAAGGAGAUGGAGGGGUUGUUG